AUGGCUUCUCUCCGCUCCACCCUCCUCCUCUCCCUGGCCGCCGUCGCCACCGCACGGGACAUUCCCACCAACGUCCGCGACUUUUACAACUCGGUGCGCGGCCAGGGCCAGUGCAGCAAUAAGCUCAAGUCUGGCUUUCACAGCAUCGAAGGCGACGAUGGCUCAUUCUCCUACUGCGGCGACCACAUGAACGACUACCGCGUCCUCUACCUCCAGGGCAAGGGCGGCAACCUCGUCAACAUGGACAUUGACUGCGACGGCAUCCAGCACGGCCCCGCCGACGACGGCCGCUGCGGCAGCUCCGGCGACACCCAGUCCAUCACCUCCUUCCAGGGCACCGUCGCCUCGUACGGCACCGGCCAGCGGGACCUGGACGCCUUUAUCCACCCCUACGUCGUCUUUGGCAACGAGGGCACGCGGAGCGGCUACCCCAACUUUAACCCGCAAGACUACGGCGUGGAGCCGCUCUCCGUCAUGGCGGUUGUCUGCAACAAUAAGCUGAUCUACGGCAUCUGGGGCGACACCAACGGCGACGACGGCCCGCAGGCCAUGGUCGGCGAGGCCAGCAUCUCCCUCGCCACCGCGUGCUUUGGCAAGUCGGCCGUCAACGGCAACAGCGGCCACGAUGACAACGACGUGCUCUUCAUCGCCUUCCCGGGCCACGACGCCGUGCCGGGCAAGAGCGGCGCCAAGUGGCACGCCGGCAGCUACGACGAGUUUGCGGGCAGCAUCGCGGGUCUCGGCGACAAGCUCAUCCAGCGCAUCGGCGGCGGCGGCGGCGGCACCAACCCGCCCCCGCCGAGCUGCUCGUGGGAGGGCCACUGCGAGGGCGCGAGCUGCAAGGACGAGAAUGACUGCUCCGAUGACCUUGUCUGCCAGUCUGGCAAGUGCGCGCGUGCCUAG